AUGAGUUGUUCAAAAUUUGAAAAUCUUGCUAAUGAGACGAUUAUGGAUAUAUUUGAAUAUUUGGAUGCUGUUAAUCUAUAUCCGUCGUUUUAUAAUCUUAAUUAUCGUCUCAAUGCAAUCCUUAAUGACAAGCGUCUAUAUAUUUCGGUUGAUUUUUCAUCAAAGGUAAACGAUAAACAAUUCCAUUUCACAUGUGAAAAUAUCAUACCUCAAAUUGAUGAUCGUAUAAUAUCAUGUAUCAUUGCUCACGAUUAUCGAAUAUACGCAUUAAUUACACUAUUCGGAACUUUUGCAACAUUCCGUUCAUUAAGAAUUCUAACAUUAAUUGAUAUUACAAAAAAGGAUAAUUUGGAAAUUAUUUUACCAAAUUUACAUUAUCUAAUUACUUUGAAUAUUUAUACAAAUGAAAUUGAUAAUGAAACAGUGAUAAAUGAUAUAUGUGCAUUGAUUUUAUCUAAAAAAUUACCUUCGUUAAAAAAAUGUUCAUUAAGCUUUUGUAAUAAUUGUGUAUUUAAAGAUGUAACCAAAUGCGAUGUUGAACAUUUAACGAUUGGAUGGUGUUCAGUAGCUGAUCUAAUUCAUCUUCUUCAUCAUACACCUACUUUAAAAACAUUGAUUAUUCGAUAUUUAUGUAAUUAUGAUUAUUCAACAUUGAAGGAUACAAAUUUAAUAUUAAAAGAAGUGAAUUUAUUUUUAUAUUGUGUUCCAUUUAACAACAUCGAAUUACUGGUAAAAUGUAUGCCUCUAUUAAGUAUAUUAAAAAUUAAAGGACAAUUAGAUGAUACGAAUUAUACUGAUGCUCAACAAUGGGAACCACUAUUGUCAGCAUCAUUAGAACAUUUAAGGAUAUUUUCGUUGAAUAUCACUGUCAUUACAAGUAGUCUAAACACAACAAAUAUUAUUGAGAAAUUUGGAACGGAUUUUUGGACAUUACAAUGGAAUUUAUCUAUCACAUGUCGAUAUAGCAGAAGCCUUAUACUGAGUUUAACGGGAGAACGUGAUCCAACAAAAUAUCUUAAUAAAACUCGUUUAGAAUAG